AUUUAGGACCUCUGAUUAUGCAGAGUUGUUUCGGACCUCGCGGUCACGUUUAUUCUGUUGUUCCUGAACCGGGUAUAAGUAAUAAGGAAUACCUGAAAAUCAAUGUCGACCACGCAUGCGCGCCGGUUCGCGCUUGACAGCCAGCUCGGCCGGCGAUAUUUUGUUGAUAAUCCCAUAAAUAACACGAUAAAACAAUCUCACACUGAAAAAAAACAUCUAGAAAACAAAAACAAAAAAUGUUCAAACGAAUAACUUCACACGUUACUUGAAUGUAACGAAUAUAACGACUAGUGAUUGUGAUUCUAAAAAUAAAUUUUGCCAUUUAUUACAAUCAUGUAAUGUGAUUUUGUGACAAUAAUAUUUCUAUUGGUCAUGUCUGAUUAAAAGUGUAAACGGGCAAAUAACAAAAAACAACGAUAUGCGAGACACGUGAAGCGUUCAAUAUACCUCUAGCUAAAAAUUUAAGUUGUCAAGAAAUCUGCUAGGAAAUGAAGUUAUCUUAGAAAUGAAUGAUUGUAAGUGAAGUAAAAUGAACGAGACGCUCGGACGGGGGUACGCACGGAUAGAGGCGAUACGUGCAGCGCGAGGGGAGCCUCUUGGCAACAUGGAGCCCUGCGCUCCGCCCCCGGAUCGGUACAACUCUGUGUACUUCACGCUGUUCGUCGCUGGCGCAGCUUUCUUGUUGCCCUUUAAUAGUUUCAUAAUGGCAGUGGACUACUUCCAACACCACUACCCGAACACCACUAUAAUGUUUGACAUGUCGACAGUCUACAUCGCUUCGGCUUGCGUCGCGGUGGUUGCUAACAAUCUACUGUUGGAUUUGUUUACAUACAAUACUAGGAUAACUUUUGGUAUCCUCGUGUCCCUGGCAACAAUGCUAUUUGUGGCCGUGUGCAACAUCGGCUGGGACGGGUUCUCGACGCGCGUGUCGUACACCAUCAACCUGGUGGCCAUCGGGGUGGUCGCGUUCGGCUGCACCGUGCAGCAGGCCUCGUAUUACGGGUUCACUGGAUGCCUGCCGCCGCGGUACACGCAGGCUGUUAUGGCGGGAGAAAGCGCUGCCGGUUUCUGGGUAUCACUAGACCGUAUCGUAACAAAGUACGGUUUCCGCCAACCGCGCCGCAGCACUUUCAUGUUCUUUGUAUUCUCCAUCCUGAUUCUGCUGGGGCACUCCAUGCUUCACCAUGUUAUGAUGAAACACCCCCUCGUGCUGCAUUAUCUGAGGCUGACUAACGAGUCCCGGCACCGGCGGAGAAUACAGUUACAUCUGAACCCUAAUGAGGAUGCUACAUUGAUGGAAGGAGAAGCAGGCGAUGGCAGUUACGGAGUGUUAAAAUUGCAGAGCCCAGUGCUAUCAACCACUGGACAAGGAGACAUAGAAACCAACACCUUCAGCUUCGCCAACCCGCUGUACUCGCCGACGGCAUCAGCACCAGUGCCACUGUCCACACCGAGCGCCUCCGAGCCGGCCACAUCCCCUCCCGAGGCGCUGCGAACCCCCCGCCCCUCCUACAAGGUUGAGGAUGUUGUGUUCGAGGCCCCUGAGAGGCCUACGUCGUGGAGGGCCUUUAAACGGGGCGUGUUAGCCCGUUGGGCGGUAGCCCGGUCUAUCUACCCCUACAUGGUAUCCAUCGGGCUGGUAUACUUCACCACACUAAGCCUGUACCCCGGCAUCGCUUCAGAAGUCCCGUCCUGCCGUCUCGGUGACUGGAUGCCCAUCAUACUCAUGUCAGCGUUUAAUCUCUUUGACUUUAUUGGAAAGAUAGCAGCCGCGUGGCCAUAUGAAUGGAGCCGCAGCCAACUGCUGAUGGCAAGCGGCGUGCGGUUACUGCUGGUGCCGCUCAUGCUGUUGUGUGCCGCGCCGCGCCACUCUCCGCAUAUCGUUGGGGAUUUCUACCCCAUCAUGUUUUCCGUCGUUCUGGGUUUCACCAACGGGGUGUUCGGUUCUGUGCCUAUGAUCAUGGCGCCUUCACGAGUCGGUCGUGAGCAUCGCGAAAUCGCUGGCAACAUGAUGACUCUAUCCUACAACGGCGGCUUACUCUCCGGCUCGCUAGUGUCAUACCUCCUGUUGGGCAUGCUCGGCGCACCGACCGGCGCCCCGUGCCGUGCCUACCCGACACCCGUGCUGCCAACAAUCGCGCCCACCACGCCGCACUCCAACCUCACUACUGUACAUUAACACCACACGUACUCUCUGGCUCGAUGGUGUCUUACUUUUGUUGGUCAUGCUAGGUCGGCGCACCAACCGGCGCCCCACACCGGUCACGCCUAUGCUGUACACGCUCGCAUCCACCAAGCAUUCCAACCUCACUGUAUAUCAACAAUACAACGGCGCUACUGUCCGGCUCGCUGGUGUCGUAUCUACUAUUAAUAAAACGUAUUUUUUUUUUCAAAUACUCAUGUAUGAAGAUUAAACAAUUGAAGAAACAGCUCCGCUACAAUGUGCUACGCUCCUACCGACAAUAUGACGUCAACUUACAGGAGCGGCAGGAAAGAAAAAUAUCCAGAACAUCGUCGAAAAUGAUAUCUGUAUUCUGGCACAGCGACCUUGUAGGCGCGAAGAGUUGACUUCCCAUAGAAAAUUUGAAUUUCGCGCCUUUUUCUUCUGGCCAGUUGGGUGUGUUUAAGUAUAUCUCAAAAUUCAAAUGAUUUUGUCUCCAGGAAAAAUCAUAAGCAUCUGAAACCAAUUUUAUAUACAUUUCUGAUGGUAUUUAAAGGAGUCAACCCUUAUGACACUUGCAAUCUUUAUAAAACAGAAACCAUAAGUAAUGUGUGUACAGUUUUAUUAAUAAUGCGUGGAAUAUGUACGCAAACUUUUUGUACAGUCAGCGUCAAAUACUUCG